AUGGCGGACGAAAACACCCUCCUCGUCCAACUCGCUCAGCAGCUUGGAGCAGUCCAAGCUGAAGCGGAACAUUUAGCACAUGAGCGUGAUGAUUUGAAAACAGCAUUAGACGGCUUGAACGAGAAACUGUCGGCAGUCAUAGAGGAGCGCAAUAUCCUCGCCCAACGCAAUGCAGCUAAAGAGGCCAAGAUCGAGUGCCUUGAGAAAGAGCUCCACUCCGCUCGCAAUGACCUUAACCUUCUGCGGCUGAGCGGCCUCACCGCACCUUGCUCCGAAUGGCCCUCGCAACGUGGUCCGACACUUUCCCAAACCGCUCUGUACAACAAGAAGUCCUUCGAGGUCACUAAGACGUUCGACCUCACCGUAUGCGCGGACAACAACGGUUCACUGCAAGAGACAUGCAAGCCCGCUCGCCAUAACGAGGUUCAGGCCUUGACCGCACCGCGCUCCACCGACCGGGCCCUGUCUUCAAAGAACUGGAGAGCUCCUCUUCCUGCUCUAGAUGAAGCUGCUGUCGACUAUGCUUCUGAACCUGCUGCCCCGCCUACCUCAACCCCCGUUCCUGUUCACGUCGUCGCCGCUAAUACCCCGCAACAUGGUACCGACGUAGAGAAGGCUGUCAAGAAGAUGGAAACAUGGUUAGAGAAGACUGAGAAGUGGGCAAGCAGAUACGGCUGCACUGUCCACGCUUCCAUCAAGGCCAAAGAGGCCAGCGUGAAGCGGCUUGUUGACGCCUCGAGGGAUCUGUUACACACGCACAACCUCGAAGAGGUCUUUCUCGACAUGCGCCAGCGCAAGUGGUUGGUCGCCUCACUUCUGAACCGUCAUCUUCUCUUACCGCUGUUUGAUGAAGGCUUUCUGGACUGCUUCAGCAGUGACGCCAGCAGUCGCCUUGUUGAGAUCCGACGCCUAAAAGAAGAAGCUACGCCCAAGGACCCGCAGAAACUCGAAGAGCUAGUAACAGAAGAGACGGAAAUGUGGCGGGCUGUCUACAAAACGACGGGUUUUAAGCAGUGGAGGAACACGCAGGUGGUAGUGAUGGCCAAGGAACUGGGAGACCUGCUCAUGCCCAUCAUUUCUCCGGGCAAGGAUCGACAGGACAGCCUGGGAGGGCUCCAGGAACUUGCUCUGGACGCUUUCCGCAUCGCGUUCAUGAUGCGAUGUAUGCCUCGCUCGUGGUUCUUGAAGUUCGACAACCACUACGACCAUUUCCGGCACCAGACGAUGAAGAUAAGAUACCCAGAGAGCGUCAAAGAAUCCGAGUACAAGUACUGCAAGGUUGUGUUUGGAAUCACGCCUCACCUUGUCUCGAGGAUGUACGUUGAUGGUGGAAUGGUGAUGAAAGAGUUUCUGAAGUCUGGAGUCAUGGUCCAGGUGGUUAACGCAUAUUGA